AUGUCGCCCGUUCCCGACUCGCCGAGCCCGCCGCCCCGUCAGGCACGGGCCGCCGCCACGCGCGAGCGCAUCCUCGAGGCGGCGGCGGCCGACUUCGCCGCCGUCGGUUACCACGGCUCCUCGCUCUCGCGGAUCCUCGAGCGCGAUGCCGGGGUGACCAAGGGCGCGCUCUACUUCCACUUCGCCUCGAAGGAGGCCAUGGCGCUCGCCGUGGUCGAGGCGAUGGGCGACACCUACCGCGGUCUGGUCGAGACCGCGGCGCGCGACGACGCCCACCUCGACCCGCUGCGCCGGGCGGCCCGGCUCACCGCCGGGAUCCACGACCUGCUGUGGCCCUCCCCGGUCGUCCGUGCCGGGGUGCGGCUGUCCGGGGAGGGUGCGGUCGGCCCAGCGUGGUCGUCGUGGCCCACCCGAUUCUGGGAGGCGACCUUCACCGCGCUGUUCGUCGAGGCGCGCGAGCGGGGCGAGCUCCGCGGUGAGGUCGACCCGGUGGCGAUGGGCCGCUUCGUGCUCGACAUCUCGCAGGGAGCGUUCAUCACCUCGAUGGUCACCACCGGCCUCGCCGACCUGGCGCCGCGCGUGGCGCACAACUGGGAGGUUGCCUUCGCCUACAUGGCCGAGCCGGCCUGGCAGGCGGGCUGGCGCGACGAAGGCGGGAUGACGGCCGUCAUGCGCCAUCACCUCGAGCAGGGCGGUGACGUCGACGGGGGUGGGUGA